AUGGGCGGGAAGGUGUCAAGGGAGCGUGUCGAUGGUGCCACUGCCACGGGCGUUUUGGUGUUAAGCCGCUGCAAUCUCCACUCCUGGAAGAAAAUUGUGAAGACUCUAGCGGGGCUGUCUCAUCUCCGCGGUGUGGCGCUCGACCGGAACCGACUCUCUAAGCCGCUGCCGUCCAGCGUUCUACGUCUCGAUAUGUGGUUCACGCUGCGAACACUUGACCUUUCUUCCAACGACCUCACGUGUGCAUGUGUGCUUGGCGGUCUUGGCGGCUGUACGUCGUCGAAGAAAAAUGAGAAGCGGACUGACAGUUUGCAAGUCGUGUACCCGCUUGAGUCCCUCAACCUGUCAAAUAAUCGUCUGCUGCAGCUGCCACCACUUUUACUGGUCACGUUUCCCAAACUUCGGCGGCUUCUUUGUCGUGGAAAUACGGUCCCGCUGGACAUGGAGGGUGGGUUUGCGUGUCGCGUUGGGUCUGGUGCAGCUCUGACGAUGAUAGACCUUGGCUGCAGCCAGUUGCGUUCCUUUUAUCUUCUCGAUGGCUCUGUCGAAGGCGCUGCUCCGGAGGGGUCUUUCUUCCCCUCCCUCAGUGAGCUGUUAUUGGACGGGAACAGUCUUGGCGGCACCUUCACGCUGGUCUCCAGCCAGUGGGAGGGGCCUAAAGCGGGGUAUUUUCCUCUUCUGAAGACUAUAAAUAUCGCAUCGCAGAAGCAGAUUUUGGAGCGUGUAGAUCCUUCCGUCUAUGUUGUGGCCCCUUCACUCCACAAGGUUAUCCUCGCAGAAAACGCGAUGCAGGAUGCGAUGAUGGCGGAUCUCCGUCACUCGAAGGAGUACCAGCAGUGGGCCGAGCGGCGCAAGAGUGGUGUGGAUAAACAGCUGAGGUUUACUGGGAGUGCAGCUUUGAUGUGA